AAGUGCAAUUCACAGCUUGCGAAAUGAAGACACCGCUUCUCUUCAUUUUCCUACAUCUCCUCGGUCCUUCAAGAGCUGUGUAUAAACAGUGGAUCCCAAACACCAAUUUUGAAAAUGCUUCCAACUGGAAUCAAGGCCGAGUCCCAUGUACCAACGACAUGGUCAUUUUUGGGAGCAGUGAGGUGGUUUCAGUCUUCGUUCAGUCACCCCACUCCUUGGCAGACAUGCACCUUCCACUGAAUGGAGAGUUCAUUAUGGCCCCUGGUGCUGGGUUUGCAGCUUUUGACGGCAAUUAUGAACCAGGAUGUGAGACAGCUUCAGAGAUCAAAUUUACCAGUUCAGGGAGUUAUGAGUGGUAUGACCCCACAUUGUGGCAUGCUGCAAUCUCCUUGGAAGACCUGGAGAGGGGCAAGUAUAUGUUCUCUGUGGAUGAAGAGCGUGUCCCGUGCCAAUACGACAACGUCUUCUUUCAGCCCGAAACUUCCUUCCGGGUGAAUAUCGAGUCCUCCGAGCAGAUGAUUCGUCUCAGGAGCAUUUCCAUAAUGGGUCAGAAGUUCACCGACAGUGACACUCUGGCAGAAUACAUGAAGAGCCGUUCUGCAAAGCUGCAGUUCCACGGGCAAGGGGCAUUCCAGCUGUCAAACGCCAGAUGUCCAGACAAAUCCGGCUGUGAAUGUGGGAAUACAGCUGACCAUCACAGAAUCUGUGCUGCCUUGCUCCAGAAUUCUGAAGGCCGGUGUCCAGCGCUUACAUGCAAGAGCCCACUGAAGCCAGCUGGCCACUGCUGUGAAAUCUGCGGAACUGUCAUUUCCCUGGAAUACUCCACAGGUUUUGACAUUGAGCUGUAUCGGAACAGAAUACUCCAUACUUUUCUGAGUCUGCCCAAGAAUGCAGGUGUUCAGAUGGCUAUAUCGAAGGUGCAUGGACCUCGCACUUUCCUGGGACUCUUGCCACGCAGCUCUGAGUCCUUCAUCCAGAUUAUGCUAAUGGAUAACAGGACCGGGUCCCAGAGCGGCACUCACACUGAAGAGCUGGCUGAGGACAUCAUGAGGGAUAUAGCAGAACAUGGAGAGUCCUUUGGCAUUGUGAGAGGCUCCUUGCAAGCUGCCACGGGCAAUUACUGGAGCACUCAAGGAGCAGGCUCCCAUAGCCGUGUGACUACAGCUGCGAUGCUGAUUGGCUCAUUCCUUAUCCUGCUGCUGCUUUUUGGAACUGUCCUGCUCCUCUACAAGAAAGGGAUACUGAGAUCUUCCCCCUGUGCGCCUUUGCUGUCCCGAUGGAAGCGGAUGGAUGACCUGGAUUCUUUGGGAGAAGCCAUGGACAAAGGCUUUGAUAAUCCAAUGUUCGACACGCCAUCCAGCCUUGCGGCUUUAGAGGGUGCGUAUUCUGUGGAGGAGACCCCAAAGGAGAUGGGGAGCAAAAAUACCCAGGUUUAUUACAUUAAUCCUUUAUAUGACGAAACAGAACUUCGAACUUAAGAGCAAAGCCAUCCAAUGAAGACAACCCUGCGGAUUCCUCCUCUUUGCUUGCAAUUUUGUCUCCAUAGGGAUUACCCCUCCACCAGGAAGACUGUAAGAGCCUCCCGUUCAUUUUCAUAGGCUUGAGGAGAAGAAAUUCCUGGCAGAUUGUGUUUAAUGUCAGUUUUCCAUUUACCUUUCUCAAAAUAGCCACUAAUUUUAUUAUGGGAUGACUAUAUUCAGUUAUUGGGCAGCACUCAGGAAUGAUACCAUUUGCAAGUCUAUUGAUCAUCAUUUCCAGGAUUCACCCCAAUCCAGCAAGAAUUGUUAUCAUAGUAGAAUAUUUUUGCCUCAGUGGUGUACAGCUGAUUCUUCCCAAUUCUUUCAACCCUCAAAUGAUGAUAGUGGGCACAUUUUUAAUGUUUUAAUGACUUGGUUUUUCCACUUUGGGGACCCUAUUUGAGUGGAAAGGUGACAUAUACAUGUUUUAAUUAAAAUAAUACGACACUUA